AUGCGUGACUCAUCGCCACCACUCGACGAACUACUUGCCCGUUUUGGGGGAAAAGCAAUUUUCUCAAGUAUAGAUUUUACGGCCGGAUAUUGGCAAGUUACUCUACAUCGUGACGUCAGAAAGUAUACCGCGUUCGUGUACGACGGUCGAACAUAUCAAUUUCGUGUCGUACCAUUUGGGCUCAAUAUCUCAAACACAGCAUUCCAACAGGCACUCGAAUCAGUUCUCUCCAAUCCAGUUGAUCACUACAAUGAAGACUGA